UUUAAUAGUACGCAGGGAAGGAAGUAAAAAUGUCAACUUUACAAUAGCAGGAGCAGCAAUGAUGGCCGCAGCAAGUGAGGAAGAGCGCGCUCGGCGGAGCAGAAGGGAAUAAAUUAGUCUAUUUUUCUCCCCCAAAACUCCUCCUCCAAACCCUCCUUCUUCUCUACUAUUUCUCUUUUCAAUUUCUUAUCCCACUCUUUAUCUCUAAUCUCUAUCCCUAACCCCUUUCUCUCUAAUUCUCCUCUCUACCGUCUCUAUUUCAUCUUUCUCAACCCCCUCUGCUCCUCUCUUAUCCAUUCCGGCAAUCCAUUACAUCGUAAUUACCAUCAAGAAGCUCCCAUUAUCCUCUCCGCCGUACCGGCCUCAGCGAGCUCUCAUCAUCGGCGGUUGCGGAUAGUCCGGGGAUAUUACAGACGACAAUGGAUUCCGAGCUCGAGGAUCUCCGCAAACUGCGAAUAACUACCAUGGAAGGCUUGGAAGGAGAUGAAGGCAAGGAAGCGGUCGAGCACGACGACGUGGAGGAGGAAGAGGAGGAAGAGGAGGAAGAGGAUGAGGGAGUAACCCUAGGGUUCGUCGAGAAGCCCAAGAAUCCCCGGUCGCUUCUCCGCCAUCUCUUCCCGAGCAAAGCUGGAGGGGUUCCCGCCUGGUUGGAUCCCGUAAACUUACCGCCAGAGAAAUCUCGCACUUGUGGCUUCUGCGGAGAGCCUCUGCAAUUCCUUCUUCAGAUUUAUGCUCCAAUCUCUGAGAAAAAAUCGACCUUUCAUCGUACAUUAUUCGUUUUCAUGUGCCCAUCUAUGUCAUGCCUUCUUCGAGACCAACAUGAACAGUGGAAGCGUGAAGGAGGGAAUCUUUGUAGAAGUGUGAAGGUUUUCCGAUGUCAGCUACCUCGGACGAAUCCAUUUUACUCGAGCGAACCACCGAGGCGUGACGGCACCGACAAGCCACUUUGCACAGGAGUUUCUCUUUGUUGCUGGUGCGGAACAUGGAAAGGAGAGAAACUCUGCAGUAGUUGUAGGAAAGCACGCUACUGUUCAGAGAAGCAUCAGGCGUUGCACUGGCGAUCAGGACAUAAGAAUGAUUGCCGUCGUAUAAUCAGUUCAGAAGCAUCUGAUUCUCCUCUAGUUGCGAGCACCACUUUAUGGCCUGAAUAUGAGAUUGCGAUUGAGGAGGAAUAUGUUUUUAAUUCUGAGGUUUCUGAAGAGAAUAGCUCAACAUCUUUGGUUCCAACAGAUAAUAAUAAGAAAGAUGAGAUGGUGCAGUCGUUGAUGGAUCAAUUUGAGGCUGACGCUGAUAAAAAGAGUUGGGCAUCUUUCCAAGAGCGACUCGCCAGAGCACCAGAGCAAGUUUUAAGAUAUUGCCGAGAUCCAAUGGCGAGACCACUGUGGCCUUUAUCAAUUGGCCGGCCAUCUAAGGCAGAUAUACCUUCAUGCAGCUACUGUAAAGGCCCAUUAUGCUAUGAAUUCCAGAUCAUGCCGCAGUUGCUUUAUUACUUCGGGGUGAAAAAUGAUCCCGAUUCCCUUGAUUGGGCAACUAUUGUUGUAUACACAUGUUUAGAAUCCUGCGAAACAAGCAUGGGGUACAAAGAGGAAUUUGCCUGGGUUCAGUUAUAUCCUACAGCUACACUACCCUGAUGUGUCUUCAUAUAUGUCUAGAGAAGACCCUCAAUAUUACAAUCUCAGAUUACACCUCAAGCUAUCACGACAUCACGAGAAGAGAUUCCUAGUCUCGGUCGAUUGUGUCGAGCCCCGGUUGCACGCACAUUCCAUAGCUUUUCUUAUGAGCUCUAGUCAUCUCGCGAUGUAUGCAUAAAUGGUUAGGGAGGAACAAGUUGAGUUCGUAUUUGUUUUCCGCUUAACUAAUGGUGCUUUUAUUCCUAUCAGAGGUGCUAAAUUAUCUUAAUAAGCUACAAUUUUACUGCCCA